AUGGAUAGUACGAUCAUCAAUGGCAGUGGCAGCCCCCAAGUCAUGCAGUGCCAGGGUAUGGUUCUGGAGGAAGUUGUUCAGGUGACUGUCCUGGGAACCCCUGCAGAAGAAGAAGGUGGUGGCAAAAUUGACUUAAUUGAAGCAGGGGCUUUUAAAAACCUUGAUGUUGUUUUUAUGGCCCAUCCAUCCCAAGAGAAUGCUGCUUAUCUCCCUGAUGUGGCUGAACACGAUGUGACUGUGAAAUACUAUGGGAAAGCAUCUCACGCUGCUGCGUAUCCCUGGGAGGGAGUAAAUGCAUUAGAUGCUGCUGUUCUCGCCUACAACAACCUGUCUGUGUUAAGACAGCAAAUGAAACCAACCUGGAGAGUUCAUGGUAUAAUAAAAAAUGGUGGUGUAAAACCCAAUAUCAUUCCCUCUUAUUCUGAAUUAAUCUAUUACUUCCGUGCACCCUCAAUGAAAGAACUUCCAGUUUUGACCAAAAAGGCAGAAGAUUGCUUCAGAGCUGCAGCUUGUGCUACUGGGUGCACAGUAGAAAUUAAAGGUGAAGCACAUGAUUAUUACAAUGUCCUUCCCAAUAAGAGCCUACGGAAAGCUUAUAUUGAAAACGGGGAAAAGCUGGGAAUAGAAUUCAUUUCAGAAGAGGAUGCAGUGUUGAAUGGAUCUUCAGGAUCUACUGAUUUUGGAAAUGUUAGUUUUGUGGUUCCUGGAAUUCAUCCAUAUUUUUACAUUGGAUCUGACGCCUUGAAUCAUACAGAACAAUACACUGAAGCUGCAGGAUCACAAGAAGCCCAAUUCUAUACUUUGCGUACAGCCAAAGCUCUGGCAAUGACUGCGUUGGAUGUUAUUUUUAAACCAGAGUUGCUAGAAAGAAUCAGAGAGGACUUUAGAUGGAAACUUCAAGAAGAAGAGUUUUUAAAUAGAGUAGAAUAAAAGGAAGAUUGAGGAGAAGUGAUGAUUUCUUUUCUUCAUUUUUUAAUGAAGGAGGAGGGCAUGUUUGUUUUUCAAUCUUAAAGGAAUCAGAUUUCUCUUCCUGAAAAGUGAGGACAUAGUGUUGAGAAAACACAUGAACUCUUAGCUAAAAUUAAAAUGUUCACAAAUCUA